AUUCCAAUUAUUUCUCUGCAUAUUCUAGGAAAACCUUAUUGCACUCGGCAGUGAUGUCCUCCACACGAAAUCCUCGCUCUCUCAAACGAUUCAGACGCCGAGGGGUGGAGACUCGAUUCUCGUUAUGUCAUACUUCGUAUGCGUCUGUUGCUGCUGGUAGCGUGAGGCGUCCGUAUAACCGGAUGAGUUCCGUACAUGAAGGUGUCUCCUGCGAUGGUUGUAUGGCACCAAAUUUUACCGGAGAUCGUUACAAAUGUCUUAGGUGUUAUGAUUUUGAUUUGUGCUCUCGAUGCUACAUGGAAGAGCGAGCAACAGAAGUAUCAUCCGAAAAUCGUACUUUUCGGGAAACUAACGAAGAGCAUUCUCCAUCUCAUCCAAUGCAGUGCAUUAUGACACAACAGGACUUUGAAUUGGCAUAUCACGGUGACCAAACACACAGCUGGGAUCGUUUACGAGUUGUGAUUUUCACUUGUCCAGUUUGUGGUCUUCAAGGUUUUUCACGUGAACGGCUGGUUUCACAUGUCAUCGAUGAACAUUCAACUUCACCACGAUCUCCAACGCAGCGGAACGAAAUGGCUUGUCCAAUUUGUAUUUCUACUGAUUUUUAUCGUAUUGGUUUUGGUGAUUAUAUGCCUAAUCAUCUUACCGAUAUAGUAUCACACAUGCAGGAACACCAUAUGCAGGCACAAUACGUGAAUGUCUCUAACACUAGCAACAAUGGAAUAUCCGAUACUGCAAAUGUGUUGUCCGAAUUCCUACGUGAUCGCGAACUGAGGCGUGUAAUUGUACAUAAUGUACCUUUGGUCAGCAAUGAUUCUGAUGUCGAAGAUUCGGCCGCAGAUGGGACUCGUCGUAAUACCAGCAACCAACGAGAUGGGCCACUAAGAAUUGAGACGGUUUCACGCAUUCGCCGUAGACCUCCUGAUAGUACUGCAGCGGAGAUAAAUCAGUCACGAGAAACUGGUGAUACUACACAGCAACCAGGCUUUUCACCGAGACGUGUGAGUGGCCAACCACCUGCAGGACUUUCAUCUGGCCACUCCGCUGUACAAGCUUCUGCUGGUUUAUCAUCGGGCUUCUCCAGUCGUUCGAGUAUACAGUCUGGCGGCUUUUCCUCCACUCGUCUAUCUUCAAGAGUUUUCCAACCUGCUCGUUCAACGAGAGAUUCUACGGGUCUCGGACAUACUGGGAACAAUUCUUUGCCGGCUAAUUCCAUUAUAGAAGCUCCACCAUCACCGUAUGAACCUCAGUCAGAACUUCUUACUGAUAGUAGUGCGACGAUUCGAACCCUCCAGUAUCCUCUUACUGCGUACUCACGUCCAACUGUACCAAGCCAUGGCGUGCAACGAAAUCAAAGAGCUUCUGGUGAAAAUAGUAGUCGAACAAUGGGCUAUGCUAGACGUUUCUUGGUGCGUGAGCGAGAUCAGUCAAGAAAUGACGCAUUAUUUGGUGCGCCUCCCGGUUUCAGAAGGCUGGAAAGUGUUGAAGUUCCAAAUGCAACUGAAGCCACUCCAGCAAGAGUUGCUGCAUGUUCUGCUAGAAACUACAACGCAAAUGCAGCGAAUUUAUCAAAUUUCGAUGCGGUAGAUGCACCAGCUUCGAGUACUGACGCACAUGUUCUUAUAGACGUUAGCGGUGGUGGAUACGCUGCAGAGAGUAGCUCGCAGGAAGCUUUAGUCGAAAGUAUUGAGGAGCUAGAAAGACAGUUGGAACGGAGCGGUAACAAUGAAUCCAAAAAAUCGUUCAAGUAUUGUACUUUGUUUACAGCUCUGGCUAAACCAUCGUGUUUGCCUAUGUUGAAAAUUGAAAGAGUAAGACCGACAAACGACGACGAAGCGAAGCAGUUAAAUGCAUUAAGCUUUGAUGAUGAUGAUUACGGAACUGACGAUGAAAUUCCACCGCUUCGUUUAAUUAUGAGAAUCGGUCGGUCUUUACGGUGGACUUAUAAGCAGCUUAACCAAAGCAUCACACAGCAGCAGUCAUGUGACCCUGCGGCUGACUUCAGUGAUUGGUGGUCGUCACGGUUUAGUGAACAUCGUACAGAAUCAGCGACACGUGUAAAUCGAGCAAAUAUUGAUGUUACACAUGAGACGUUGGAUACAUCGCUCGUAAUGCCCGAUCGAUCAAUGAUUUCACGUGGUGAAGUUGCUUUAAACCGUGCAAUAGAAGCGUUACGAAGACUGGAUUCACGUCAUACUCAGAGUAGUCGACCGCCUUUAGCUCAUGAUGUCAUCACACAAACCAGUAGUCCUGUUUAUUUGGGUUUGAUUCGUCGAGAGGAACACAUGGCUCCAAAUCCACACAUACUUUCCAAUUCGCAUUUAAGCAACCGUUCGUCAAGUGUGCGUUUGAGCAGUAUUCCUGCACCCACUGUAUUGAGCGAGACGAGAGCACGAAAGUUUGUGAAAGUACAAGUGAAAGAAAAUGAACAACAUGAUGGCGAUUACAGUGAUUUCAUCAACGAAGCUUUUAAAGUCCCAGAAAUCGAUUCAUUAUUGGAUGUCGAAUAUGUCGUAAAAAAGCGCUAUUACAAACCAUAUGAUCUAAAAACGGAUGAGCAGAAAGAAGCGGUACUGAUUCCUUGGUUAGAAGAACAAGAUGCGUUGGAUCUUUCAGUGGAUAUGUCUGAUGCACAACUUGAUGGCGAAAUAGUUGAGCUUCUUAAACAAAUUCCGGAGUUUGCAGAUGACGAAUUAACUGUUAGCGGGAAAAUUGUGAAAGAUGAAUACUAUUCUGGAAUUGGAUCAAGUAGCGAGGAGACAAUGUUUGAUUCGGAAAAAGGAUCUGAUGAAGAACUAUUAAUUAAGAAAUGUGAAAGUGUGGAUCUGAAAAAUCCCCAAGGACCAUUCACUAUCACAGGUAUAUUUGGUACCAAUUCAAAUGAGCGGAACGAAUUUGAAGUGGAUUACUGGAAGGAUUAUCGAUUUCUUCGCAAUCGUAGGGGUGUUUUUGCUCAAAAAAAGAGUACUGAUGUACCACCGGAGUGUAUGCUCGCACCCAUGGAUCAUCGUUUGAUUAAGCAGCUGGUGUUCGCGAAGCUAGAUAUUCCACUAUCAGAAGAGGUUGUGUCAUCAUUGGAGAAUGAGGGAAAUACGCAGUGGGAUACAUGGAUUGUCAAAGAUGAAUGCGACGAUAUGAAGACAGCACUCGAAAUCCCUCCUGAACUAUGGUAUUUCCUUGAUCUGGCUAGCUUUUUCGACCCAAACAUAAUUGUCCCUGAUGAGCAAAACAAGUGA